AUGGAGGGCGACAUCUAUGAGGGUGUCAAUCGCUCCAACCUGUCGCUGCCUCGGGGUCCAGCACCUGAGGAUACGAGGCGGAGACUAUUACUGAUUUACAUUCACGGUUUCAUGGGCUCCGAAGCUAGCUUUCAUGACCUCCCAGCGCAUAUUCACGAUUUGUUAACGAGCCUGUUAAGCGAUUCGCAUGUGGUUUACACUCGCAUUUAUCCCCGAUACAAGUCUUGGGGCGAGGCUGGGAUUCAAACAGCCGUGACACAAUUCAGCGCCUGGCUAGCACCACACGAGGCCGAGGAUCUGGAUGUCGUUCUGCUCGGCCACAGUCUCGGUGGAAUCCUGGCCGCAGACGUUGCGCUGUUGCAGCUCAAUGACCAGCCAAAACAUCGAAUCCUGGGACUCGUCAACUUUGACGUUCCCUUCCUAGGAUUACAUCCCCGCGUCAUCCCAACUGGUGUUUUUAGCUCCAUGCCAAAGAAGGAUAUUGCGGCUGAAGAUGAGCUUGUUGGAGAACAGCAAUCACUAGGCAUGGAGCCGGCCUACAAGCCUUUCACCCCCAGUCCGAACUUCGACCCGCCUUUCAGGAAUGAUCACCGCCUGGUCCAGCGUGGCUUCUUUAAGGGACUCAUGCAUUUUGUGAACAAGAAUACAGACAACCUCUCACGAUCAAUAUACGAUCGUGUCGCGUCAUCUUUCAAGUUUGCAGGCUGCGUCAAUAAUUACUCCGAGCUGCGUCGGCGGUACCGACGUCUACUUGAGCUAGAAAACGCAGAAUUCAAACCCGAGAGGGUCCGUUUUGUCAACUACUAUACCGCAAGCACUGGGCGCAUACCACGAAAGUCCAAGGAGAAGCUUGGCAAUGAGGACGGGGACAGUGAUCAGAUCGACAAUCCAACAUCCCUGCCACUGGAAGGCUCUGAAACACCAAAUAUCUCCAAAGAAGAUAUCUCUAAAGAAGAUGGGAUAGCCGGUCCAAUGAGCAACAUGGACCUCGACGAACAGCAGCCAAAGCCUCGAAAGACGUCAAGUAUCUGUAAAGAGAGCGAGACCAGCUCCAUGAAGAGCAGCGCAGCACCGACAGAGCAAGCCAUGAAGCCACCUACUCCUGAUUCUCAUUCCCAGACACAAAAACCACUGCCACCACCACUGCCACCGAGAAAUCCACCCACUUCAGAGCAAAACUUGCAAGGUCUGGAAACCGAAGAGAUCAUCAUGGAUCGGCCAUCGAUUGAUAUCUCCAGCACCACUUUGUCUACUUCAACCCCUCACGAUAGUCAGAGUCUUUCGGGAAGCGUGUCUCUUACAACAUCAGACUCUGGCCUCAGCUCAGAUGACACCCAGCAGAAACUUCGCAAGUUCAUUCUCUUGCCCUCUCACCAUUGGAAGCAUAACGACAAUGCUCACUGGAAUUCGGUAUUGAUGGAGGGUAUAGAUGAAGUAGAAGCGCAUCAAUCCAUGUUCAUCCCACAUGGUGCAAACUACGAUUUCCUCGUUGGAGAUACGGUCUCUCUGAUUGAGCAAUGGGUCCAGACCGAUCUCACCAGACGCUUAAUGCAAGAAAGCCUUGACUGA